CAUUCCUAUAGAGGAAGAGAUGUUUUUUAACCGGAUGGACAUUAAGGAGUUGUUAGAGUCUGAUUGGAGUCCUGAAAUACAGGAAUAUGUUGUUACUCUAAGGGGAAAAAUUACAGGAAUAUGGGACUAUUUUGGCUGGUACUACAUUUCAUGCAAUGUCUGUUCAAAGAAGAUUAAACCCGCAGAUGGUGUAUAUCGAUGUCACCGGUGUAAUAAGGAUUGCAAGUUUCCUUUGGUGAAGUACAAGAUACACAUAAAAGUGAAAGAUAAAACUGGGGACACUACCGUUGUCCUAUUCAAUGAUGUGGCUGAGAAACUCCUUGAUACAUCAGCUCACAAGUUGUUCAACAAGCUGCCGUUGAGUAACAAUAAUGAUGUGCCUGCCCAAAUCGAAAGCCUCUGCGGGAAAGAUUUUGUUUAUAAGCUUAAAUUAAAUAAGUUUAAUUUGAUAGAGGGGCUUGAAAGUUUUACAGUAUCCAAGCUUUGGAUUCCAGAUGAGGAUUUGGAAGUACAAUACAAGCUGAGGAAAGAGGAAACGGGGAAGAACUUACUAGAGGAUGAAAGCGAGCCUAAAGAUCAGGGGAACGAAGGAUUGUUCAAUGAAACGGCAUCUGCUGUUGUUGUAGUGGAUAGCUUGGAAGAUCCUGAGGAAGAACUACAUGCCAUUGAUGGGGCUAAGAGUAGAAAAAGAAGAAACCUAAUCGUAGAUGACGACGAAUCAAGUGAUGAAGACACAAAUAAGUGCAAGAAAUAGACUGUUUAGUGUUGCCACGGAACUUUAUCUGUUGUUUGAGCUUAGACAAAAUUGUUCGGUCCU